AUGUCUCGAUCAACAGAUCCAGGUCACUUCUUUCAGACUGAUGCAUCCGAGUCUACACGAGCCCGCAGGGCUGCAAAAUCGGGCAACAAAAAUGGAAACCCUAUCAUUUUACAGUCAAAGAUUCUGAGCUUGGUUCUAGACCCAUUUUCCUCGCAGUGUGUUUAUCUCGCGGAGAGUGCUGGCUGCGUACGAAAGGUCAAUAUCGAAACUAGAGAUACAAGAACACUUUAUAGAGGUCCAACUGCGCCGGUUACUUCAGUAGCUAUCGGAGGUCAUAGUGGUGAUACAGUCUUCGCGGGAUGUUGGGACAAACAAAUUUGGAGUUGGGACAGGGAAAGCAGAGUCCUCGGCAAGAAAUUCAAAGGCCACUCUGACUUUGUCAAAGCUAUUAUCUGCGUAAACAUUGAGGGAACAGAUUGCCUAAUAUCUGGUGGUGCCGAUGCCAAAAUCAUGGUGUGGAGUAUCACUACUGGUGAACGAUUGCAUACUCUUCGAGAUAAGAGUGAAUCCAUGAUGGCAGUACAAGACCUCGCUCUAGAUCCUGAAGAUUCUACGAAUACCGAAAUUGUUCUCGUUUCCUCGAGUAGCGACCCUCAUAUCCGAAGAUGGCGCAUUAGUCUAUCAACUGCGUCUCAAAUACUUGAUACUACUGAAGAUAUUCCGGCACAGACGAACUCUAUUAGGGAUACAAUUCUUGAGCACGAAACAAGUGUCUACCAAGUCUUAUUUGCUGGCGAUGAAGAAGAAACGGAUCUAUGGACUGCAAGUGCGGAUGGUACAGCCAAAUGUUUAUCGAGAGCGAAGCGUUGGAGCGCAGAAGAGACAUACGGACAUGGAGAUUAUGUUCGCGCUGUAGCUGUCACCGAUACUUGGGUUGUGACCGCAGGUAGGGAUGAAGAUGUGAAGGUUUGGGAUAAGGCCACUGGCAAACUAUGGCAUGUUUAUGACGGGCAUUAUGAGGAAGUGACAGGUCUGGCAAUCCUUCAAGAUGAAAAGCAGGUCAUUAGUAUCAGCAUCGACGGAACCGUGAGAAUUUGGGGACUCGGCAAAAAGGAGCUCGAAGAAGCACGUUUUGAAAGCGAAGAAAAGGCUAAAGGGGUUGUGAAAGAAGAAAAGGUCGAGCCUAAAAAGGGCCUCAUGACUGCAGAAGAAGAAGCAGAGUUGGCGGACCUACUGGACUCUGACGAGGACUGA